AGCUAGAUACAUACUCCAGCUGAUAGCAAGAGGAGGAGGCAGGAUUCAGCAAUGGCAGCUGUAGCACGAGCUCUGCUCUUCGGCGCCAUCGCCUGCGCCGCUCUGAUGGCGGUCGCCUCCGCGGCGGACGGCGAGGCGGCGGUGGUCGUCGUCGGCCAGGCCAAGUGCGGCGACUGCACCAGGAAGAACAUGCAGGCUGAGGAUGCUUUCAAGGGUCUCCAGGUGGCGAUCAAAUGCAAGAACGGCGACGGCGAGUACGAGCGCAAGGCCGUCGGCGACCUCGACGGCGACGGCGCCUUCAGCGUGCCCCUCGCCGCCGACGACCUCCACGGCGCCGACUGCUUCGCGCAGCUCCACAACGCGGCGAGCAGCACGGCGUGCCCCGGGCAGGAGCCGUCCAAGAUCGUGCCGGUGACGACGGACAACGGCGGUAGGGCGGCCAACACCUUCGUCGCCGUCGCCGGCGAGAUGCGGUACACGACGUACUCGUCGGCGGCGGAGUGCACCUCGGUGUCCCUGUGCGACGACUUCUUCCGCAAGCACCCCUUCUUCGACUAUUUCCACAAGAAGCCUGAACCCGUGCCGGAUCCCAAGCCGAAGCCAUUGCCGGCGAACAACGGUGGUGGCGCAGGGAAUGGUGGUGGAGCUGCGCCGCCGUCUCCGGCCUCUCCGAUCUAUCACUGAAUCAAUCAUCCGUUCCAUUACGCGCGUGGUUAAUCUGUCGUUUGGUUAAUUGUUGGAUGAUUAAUUUCCCAGCUCAGCUUGUUCGUGCUGAAUAAAAAGUUGUGGCAUGUGGGUGUGUGAGGGUGAGAUCAUGUACGUGUUGGAGAGUCCGUGCAGAAGCAUUGGCUUACUGGACAAAUAAUAUGUGUUUUAUAGUGUUUGAUUGGAUCUGUUAUAUGAAAAUUAAUUUGAAUAA